GCUCGGGUUUCCGCCGAGACAACAAGGGCGGCCAAGGCGGAAGUAGUUGAGGCGCGUGGGCGGGGCUAAACGCAGCAAUGUCGGCGGCCUUGCUCCGGCGGGGUUUGGAGCUGUUGGGGAUGCCCGAGGCCCCCGGGGUUGCGCCAAGCCAGACCAAGCCCAGCGCGGCUCCAAUGAAGCGGACCCGGAAGGCGAAGGCGACCCAGGGCCAGAAACUGCGGAACUCGGCCAAGGGAAAGGUGCCCAAGUCGGCCCUAGCUGAGUUCCAGAAGCGAGAGCGUCGGGGUUACCUUGACGUAAACCUGAGGUUUAUGACCAGUGCAAGGAGCACAGUGGCUGAAUCUGUCACCCAGCAGAUUGUGCGCCAGAACCGGGGCCGCAAGGCCUGUGACCGGCCUGUGACCAAGACUAAGAAGAAGAAGAAGAAGGCCAAGGGCACCGUGUUCACCGAGGAGGACUUCCAGAAGUUCCAGCAGGAAUACUUUGGCAGCUAGGCUUCCAGGAGGGCACAGCAGAAGGGGCCCUUGGGCCCAGCCUCCUGCUCUCAGCUCUGCUGGCCUCCGGAGCCUGCCCUGCAUGGUGCAGCCAGCCUGGCUCAGGAUGGCUCGGGAGUGCAGUCUGGGGGAGGCUGGGAUGGAGCUGGCGAGCUGAAAGCCCAGGGGAGGAUCUUCACUGACGGGCGCUGAUACCUGUAGGCUCAGGGGGUGCCAUCUACCUGCCGGAAAGGAACAUUACUGACUGUUCUGUCUGCUUUGGCCCAAGUAGGCCCUCUGGGCUGUUAGCUGUGGAGGGGCCAGUUAGUGGGCCCUCAGGGAUCUCACUUCUGAUAGGAGGGCUGCUGGGUUCUAAUAAAUGUGGCCUGGGA